AUGGACGCCGGUACUGUUUACACUGCCAAUUGGAAGAAAGGUCCAACUGAUACUUGGGAUGAGGUUGAAAAAAAAUAUGUGGCAAAGAGAGAAUUAGUCAAGGUUGCUUUGAUUUCUGUGGGUAAAACUCCUGCUGCAUUUUUGAAAGAGUUAAAAUUACAUUACAACGCUCGUAAAAAGAAUGGGCUUAUUGUAAGAUUGUUUGGAGCAACAAGAGAAACCGUUACCGGACAAUUAAUGAUGAUAGCUGAAACUUGUGAAUGGGAUUUAAGACAUUAUGUCUCUCAUCAUUAUGCUAAAUUAAGUUGGUCUCAUAAAAUUGGAAUUCUUUACUCUAUUGCUUGUGCUCUUGAAUCCAUGCACGAAAAUGAACGAAUACAUCGAGAUUUAAAUUCGACGAAUAAUCAAACAUUUAAAUCACAUCUAGAAAUUCCAAUUAAUCAAUUAAGUCUUGGAGACAUAGAUACACCUGAUUGUUAUAUUAGAUUAAUGAAGAACUGUUGGUCAUCAAAUCAAGAUAAACGUCCUUUAGCAUCAGAAUUAGUAAAAACAUUAGAACAAUGGCAUUUAUAUAAAAAACAUUUUAAUCAAUUUGAUGAGGCAGAAAAAAUUAGAGUUAAAGACAUGAAAACGAAAGGAUUAAACACAACAGGAAAAUUGAUUGCACCCCAAAAAACUCAUCCGCAAGCGAUUUACGUUAGUAGAAGAUUGAAAUUUCCAAUAUUUCCACCAGAUAAUGUACGAAAUCAAAAAGGUUUAUCGAGUUUUUUGGUCAAAGAAAGUGCUGAAAAG